CGCCAUCUUUGUCCUCGUAACUCAUAAUCAAGCGAUGACUUCAAGAUCAUUUGAAAUGCUUUCAGUCUCAUUUGUACAGGCCUCGAAGACAAAAGAAAGAAAACAUAUACAGAGGAACCUGCAUAGUCUCAAAUUUCCAGCCUGAUCAACUUGAAGAGCUGACACUCACGACCAACAGCUGACACAUUGCCCCGACGAUCAUGGCCCCAACCCGAAAGAAAGCACCCACCCCAGAAGGUAAUACCGACUCCGACUCUGGUGCGCACCAGAGUUCACUGAUGCCAGCCGCAUUGCAGCAGAUUGUUACAAACAUUGAGAAGAUUCGAGCAAAGCGCAGUAAAGUGCGAAAGGCCAUUGAAACAGACUUCGCGCAUAGCGUAGCAGAGAUGAAGGCGCGCAUCACCAAGCACUAUGACACUGAGAAAAUCAAGCGAUCCGAGAUCAUGAACAAGCAACUAGACCGACUUGCAAAGGCCAUCGAGAAGAAGGCAGCCUGUGAAGACGCUAUCAUCAACAUGAUCGGUUCACUAUCAGAGGAAGGCGCAAACCUUGCUGCACUCAUGAACUCCGUCCACGCUGGACGUCAAAAUGCCAUCAAUGUUGCAUUAAAUGCUCACCAGCCGGAGAAGAGGAGAUGAAACAUCUCAUUUGCUGUACUCUACUUUGCUGAAAGACUAAUAUCAAAGCUCACACUUAAGAUGCGUAAUAGAUGGAAAGUGCGGUCUGUCACGACACGCCGAAACAUCUGUGGGUACCCUGAAAGCCUGACACAGAUGGGUUCAAUGUAUUCUAGUUUCUCGUGGGCGCUUCAAGAUAAUAGCAAUGAUUUUCAGUUGCGAGCCACCACUUGAUCAAUCUGCCCCAUUUUGAGUUCUGUCUGUACCAGUUGAUUAGUCAAUACGCCUCACUUUCGAUCCAUGUUGUCCAAGAAUCAAAUCAAAGGCCUCUCAUGUUUG